AUGAAGAGUUACAUCACGUUGGCGGCUUUUGCUGCUGGAACUCAUGCCCUCGUUGGUCGCACCAGUGGCUGCUGCUUCCACCUCUCCUCCAACGGUUCUCCUGUCGGCCAGCUUCCCGAUGGACAGAACCGUAUUGGUGACAAUAGUCUACCCGAGGGAGAGUACUGUAUCAAUGGCGGCUCUAUCACUGAUGGCAAAGGCCGGGGCUGCAUUCUGACCCCACCGACUACUCAGUUCCAGUGCGACGUGGGCGCUACACCCACCUCAGGUUUCUCUAUUAGUUCCAACGGAAUGCUAGAGUACAACGGCAGUCCUGAUUUCAUUGCAUGCGCAACCGGUGAUAACGGUGGUUUAAACAUCUAUACCACUGAGAGCAGCGCCCUCUCACAGUGUCAAACCAUCGAGUUAACUGCCGACUCCUGUUCUAGUAGCUCUACUCCACCGCCUGAGAAUAAUUGUGGCACUUCUCUCGAGACAGGAAAUUAUCAGUUCCCACAUUUGAUCAUUCCUAUCAACUCACAGUCUCCCAACACGGCCGCUGGCACCUCAUACAAUGGCGAAGUGACAUCCACAAUCUCAAGCAUCUUCAACUUUGAUAUUCCCGAGUCCUACUCCGGCAAGACCUGCAGUCUAGUCUUCCUGUUCCCCGAGAAGGCUGAUCUCCAGACCUCGUCCUUUACAUUCAGUGGUGAUGGCCAGAUAGAUUUUGCUCAGCUCUCCAUGGCAGCUACUACCUCGACUACCUACAAUAAUGCCCCAUCCGUCUCCCACGAUCUAGGUGAUAUCACUGUUUCUCCUGGCAAUUCGUACGUUGUUUCGACCUUCUCGUGUCCCGCUGGCCAAACUGUGGCCUUUGAGAUGAAGAAUGCCGGCAGUACCAGUCUCGACUGGUUCGAAGACUAUAACCCUGCCCCUCUGGGUCUCUACAUUACUGUCUGCUAA